GCUUCAUCUACGAUCUUCAAGCAUAAUCGACUCAACAUGGUUGCAAACACAACAGGCACAGCAACGACGGCUGGCAGUGCGCUGGAGGUCGACCUCGAUAUCCUCGGCCAGCAGCCCUUCCUCAGGAUCUACACCCAAAUCAGCUUCUGCUUCCCUGUCUCCGAUCCCUCAGCCUAUCCCACCUUUAUCAGCACACUAGAAAAAGGUCUGGAGCAUCUCGCUGAGAGUUUCCCCUGGGUUGCCGGGCAAGUGGUCAACGAAGGUGCAGGUGAAGGCAAUUCCGGCGUCUUUAAGAUCACGGCCCUGGACAAGACGCCCCGCUUGGUUGUCAAGGAUCUGCGAGAUGAUUCCUCAGCGCCAACUAUGAAGGGUCUCAGGGAUUCAGGCUUCCCUAUGAGCAUGCUCGAUGAAGACGUCAUUUGCCCUCGAAGGACGCUACCUGGAGGCCCCGACUACAACCCGACAGACCCAGAACCUGUAUUGAUUUUGCAAGCCAACCUGAUUGACGGUGGCUUUAUUCUUACAGUGAAUGCCCAACACGCCACCAUGGACAUGACCGGCCAGGGCGAAGUGAUCCGACUUCUCUCCAAAGCCUGCAAUGGCGAAUCAUUCACAGAAGAAGAGCUAGCUACCGGCAACUUUCCUCGCAAGACUGUCGUCCCCUUCCUGGAUGACUCUUUCGAUCCUGACAAAGAACUUGCCAAUCAAAUAGUUCAACCUCCACAGACGCCGCCCUCGGACAGCAAACCUAAACUACCACCUGCUCCUCCGAAAGUUAUCUGGGCCUACUUCUCUUUCAGCCCGGAAUCACUAUCCGCUCUGAAGUCAUCCGCGGAGAGGUCAAGGGAUGCAUCUACGAACUUCAUCUCCACUGACGAUGCCCUCAGUGCCUUUAUCUGGCAAUCCGUUACUCGAGCGCGUCUCCCUCGUCUUAACCCCACAGACGACACCAAGUUUGCCCGCGCGGUGGAUGCACGGGGCUUCGUGGGCGCUCCCAAGGGCUAUCCAGGAUUGCUGCAGAACAUGACCUACAACAAGAGCACGUUUCAACAACUCAUAGACGAGCCACUAGGCGCUGUCGCAUCGAAGCUCCGCUCACAGUUGGAUCCGUCAGAAAUGCUUCAGCGUACACGCGCACUGGUAACAUACGUCAACGCCUUGCCCGACAAGUCCGGUUUCAACUUUGCGGCGACGGUGGAUCCGACGGCGGACGUUAUGCUCAGCUCCUGGGCCAAAGUCAGCUGUUAUGAUCUUGACUUCAAUCUUGGUCUUGGGAAGCCGGAAUCUGUAAAGCGGCCGCGGUUUGACCCCUGCGAAUGCCUCAUGUAUUUGAUGCCCAAGGCACCGGACGGCGAAAUCAGUCUUGGUAUUUCUUUGAGAGAGGACGACAUGGAGAGAUUGAAGAAUGAUGCGGAGUUUACCAAGUAUGGAAAAUACAUCGGAUAGGAUAUUCAGCACAAAAUGAAACGUUUCCAUAUAUCCCUG